AUGGACGCUAAUUCAUGGUAUAUUGACAGCUGUAAUCAUUUAAUGCAACUUUCAAAGAGCUUCUGGAAAUACAAUCCAGCACUCUUGACAAAUCUCGCUUCGCUUUCACUUCUGUCUAAAAUCCCCGAGGCUGGUUGUACAUGUGUUGUCGGACACUCUGGAAAUAAUAACAAAGUUGCUCCUAUCAUAAAGACAUUCCAAGAUUGUAACAACGGCGGUACUGUUGUAUUCCCUGCUGGGCAGGCAUACAACGUCAAGAGUGCGCUCGAACUUCAAGGUCUCAAGAAGAUUGUUAAAGGAAAAGGUUACAUGUAUUUCAACGGUGACAAUAUUCAUUUCUCUGGUCGUGGUAUCAUAAACAGAAACGGCCAGGGAUGGUUCGAUGCUCAGAACAACCAGGGACCAACCAUAAUUAGAGUCAAUGUUAGAAACUCGUAUUUUGCUGGGUUUACAGUAAAACAUGCACCAAAUGACCACUUUAGUAUUGUUGGAUCCCAGAAUAAUAUACUUGUUAGUGUCUUCUUUCACAUAGUUCCCACAUAUACAAAUAUACCAGCCAAGUAUACAUAUGUAUUUGGCAUUUAUAACUCUGGUAACUUUAUUGCUAGAUCCUCUACCAUUGUUAAUGGUGAUGACUGUUUUUCUGUACACAGUGACUUAUCUAAUAUAACUGUCUUUGAGCUAUCCUGCGCUAGUGGUUAUGGCUUCAGUAUUGGAUCUCUUGGAAAUGAUGCUAUUAGCUAA